GCCGCCCGCCCAGCUAUAUAAGCCCCCGCGCCAACCCCCCUCGCCGGCAGCAGCAUUCCUUCCAGCAGCUGCUGUAAUUGCCGGCCCCGUGACCGAACCCAUCGCCGCUGCCGCGUCCAGCAUUCAUUCACUCCUCCCGCUGCUGCCUGCUGUCGCCUCACCUACUCCAUCCGCCCGCCACCAACCAACACCGCCCCGUUUAACCGACCGACCCCGGCGCUGAUCGUCGGCCAGUCGGUGACGAUGGACUCGGCGACGUCGGGGGCGAUGGAGCUGGUGGCGGCGCUGCUGCGGGGUCGCGUCCCGCCGGAGCUGAUGGGCGGGGAGGGCGCCGAGGGCCGCGCGCUCGUGGCCACGCUCGCGGCCGCCGUGCUCGGCGCCGCGCUCUUCGUGCUCUGGAGGCGGGCCGCCGCCGGGAAGAAGCGGAAGCGGGAGGUGGCCGUCGCGGAGGCCGCGCAGGUCAAGGCCAGGGGCGCCAAGGGCGCCGCGGACGAGGCCUUCGCCGACGACGGCAGGAAGAAGGUCACCGUCUUCUUCGGCACGCAGACCGGCACCGCCGAGGGGUUCGCCAAGUCGCUUGCUGAGGAGGCAAAGGCAAGAUACGACAAGGCAAUCUUUAAAGUUGCGGACUUGGAAGAUUAUGCCGCAGAGGAUGAGGAAUACGAGGAGAAGUUGAAGAAGGAGAAGCUAGCGUUGUUCUUCGUGGCAACGUACGGAGAUGGUGAGCCAACAGACAAUGCCGCUAGGUUCUACAAAUGGUUCACUGAGGGGAAUGAGAGGGGAGUAUGGUUGAGUGACCUUGAGUAUGCUGUGUUUGGUCUGGGCAAUCGACAGUACGAGCAUUUCAACAAGGUUGCCAAGGUGGUCGACGAGCUCCUAACUGAACAGGGUGGAAAACGCCUUGUGCCGGUUGGUCUUGGAGACGAUGAUCAAUGCAUUGAGGAUGACUUCAAUGCAUGGAAAGAAGCUCUCUGGCCAGAGUUGGAUCGUUUACUUCGUGAUGAAAAUGAUGUCUCCACAGGCACUACUUACACAGCUGCUAUUUCUGAAUACCGGGUUGAAUUUAUGAAGCCUGAGGAGGCAGCUCAUUUGGAGAAAAACUUCAGCCUUGCAAAUGGUCAUGCAGUCCAUGAUGCUCAGCACCCUUGCCGGGCUAAUGUGGCUGUGCGGCGGGAGCUCCACAGUCCUGCUUCUGAUCGUUCAUGCACUCACUUGGAAUUUGACAUUGCUGGAUCUGGUCUUAUGUAUGAAACUGGUGACCAUGUUGGUGUAUACACCGAGAACUGCCCUGACGUUGUAGAGGAGGCAGAGAGGUUGUUAGGCUACUCACCGGAGACAUUUUUUACCAUCCAUGCAGACAAUGAGGAUGGUACUCCACUAGGUGGUGGAUCUCUUGCUCCUCCUUUCCCCUCCCCAAUCACCGUGAGGAAUGCACUUGCCCGAUAUGCCGAUCUUCUGAAUUCACCAAAGAAGAGUUCGCUGCUUGCAUUAGCUGCACAUGCUUCAGAUCUUGCUGAGGCUGAUCGUUUGAGGUUCUUGGCCUCUCCUGCUGGGAAGGAUGAGUACGCUCAAUGGGUUGUGGCAAAUCAGAGGAGCCUGUUGGAAGUCAUGGCAGAGUUCCCUUCGGCAAAGCCUCCCCUAGGAGUCUUCUUUGCAGCUGUGGCCCCUCGUCUUCAACCGAGAUAUUACUCUAUUUCAUCUUCACCAAGUAUGGCACCAACUAGGAUUCAUGUCACAUGUGCGCUUGUGAAUGAAACAACACCUGCUGGAAGGGUACAUAAGGGGGUCUGCUCAACUUGGAUCAAGAAUGCUGUUCCAUCAGAAGAGAGCAAGGACUGCAGCUGGGCUCCGAUAUUUGUGAGGCAAUCAAACUUCAAACUGCCAGCUGAUCCUUCAGUGCCAAUUAUCAUGAUUGGCCCUGGGACCGGUCUAGCACCCUUCCGUGGCUUCUUGCAGGAGAGGCUAGCUCAAAAAGAAUCUGGAGUGGAGCUUGGUCGAUCCGUGUUCUUCUUUGGAUGCAGAAACAGCAAGAUGGACUUCAUCUAUGAGGAUGAGUUGAACAAUUUCCUUGAGCAAGGAGCACUGUCUGAGCUGGUUCUUGCAUUCUCGCGCCAGGGCCCUACCAAGGAAUAUGUGCAACACAAAAUGGCGCAGAAAGCAUCUGAAAUCUGGGACAUGAUCUCCCAAGGUGCUUACAUCUACGUCUGCGGUGAUGCCAAAGGCAUGGCCAAAGAUGUACACAAAGUUCUCCACACCAUCGUUCAGGAGCAGGGUUCACUUGACAGUUCCAAAGCAGAGAGCUUUGUGAAGAAUCUCCAUACGGAGGGCAGAUAUCUGAGGGAUGUGUGGUAAGCUUAGGACAUAAAAGAUUCCCGAUAUUCACGGGGCAAACAUUCAUUCAUGUUACGCAAAUGUACAAGUAUUGCUGGAAGAGUACUGACAAGGGACUAAGAUCAGAUGUUUCUAGUGGCUCUGCAUUUUUUUUCCCCACCCUUUUCUCUCCUUUUUCUUUUGUUUUUGAGAUUUUAUCAAGAGGCUUUUGCACCUGUGUAUUAUAAAUUCUUUAUAUGUAUGUAUAAGAUGAGGACAAUUUUGACAACAAGCCUGGAAUGGUGAUUAUAGUUAUCUUAGAUAGGGUUUCGGGUGAUCAUCGAUUAUGUGUAAAGGUAUGGGUGGUGAAUCAUCGGUUUAUAAGCCAGAAA